CGUCACUUCCGGCUUCCUCUCUGGCUGCCAUCUUGCUAACACGCGUGUGUUCUCCUAUCUUUGGCUCUUCUACCUGCGACCUCUCGAGUGACACCCCCGGUCAUCGGCGCAGCUCCGUUUCCGUUCCGGCAAGAUGAAAGAAACGAUUAUGAACCAAGAGAAGCUUGCCAAGCUGCAGGCACAAGUGCGCAUUGGUGGGAAAGGAACUGCUAGGAGAAAGAAGAAGGUGGUUCAUAGAACAGCUACAGCAGAUGAUAAGAAACUUCAGUUUUCCUUAAAGAAACUAGGAGUAAACAAUAUCUCUGGUAUUGAAGAGGUGAAUAUGUUUACCAACCAGGGAACAGUGAUCCACUUUAACAAUCCUAAAGUUCAGGCAUCCUUGGCAGCAAACACUUUCACUAUUACGGGCCAUGCUGAGACAAAGCAGCUAACAGAAAUGCUCCCCAGCAUCUUAAAUCAGCUAGGAGCUGACAGUCUGACUAGCUUAAGAAGACUGGCAGAGGCUCUGCCCAAACAACCUGUCGAUGGAAAAGCACCACUUGCCACUGGGGAGGAUGAUGAUGAUGAAGUUCCAGAUCUCGUUGAGAAUUUUGAUGAGGCUUCUAAGAACGAGGCAAACUGAAUUGAGUAUCAACCUCUGAAAGUUAAAACUUGAAAGUCAUAUGGAGCUGCUAUUUUGUAUCUUGUGGCUGCUUUUUUUCUUUUAUCUUAUCUUUUGUUUUUGUUUUUGUUUAUGGAUCUGGAGAAUUGUAUCUAAUAUUUUGAAGCCCAUUGGACAUUGCAGCUCUUUUCAUUUAUUGCUUAUACACAAUUCAUUCUUUGCAGCCUAACUAUGCUGAACAAGCCUGGAAUUAAAAUUUGAAAGAAAAGGUUAAUAAAAUCUUUACCUAGUAUACAGUUGACUUGA